AUGGACGAGAGUCUUUGUGACAUUGGUACCAGACCCUAUGCGGAUGUGGACGAGAGUCUUUGUGACAUUGGUAGCAGACCCUAUGCGGACGUGGACGAGAGUCUUUCUGACAUUGGUAGCAGACCCUAUGCGGACGUGGACGAGAGUCUUUGUGACAUUGGUACUAGACCCUAUGCGGAGUUGGACGAGAGACUUUCUGGCAUUGGAACAAGAUCCUAUGAGGAGUUGGACGAGAGUCUUUCUGGCAUUGGAACAAGAUCCUAUGCGAACGAGGACGAGAGUCUUUGUGACAUUGGUACCAGACCCUAUGCGGGGUUGGACGAGAGUCUUUCUGGCAUUGGAACAAGAUCCUAUGCGGAGUUGUACGAGAGUCUUUCUGGCAUUGGAACCAGAUCCUAUGCGGACGUGGACGAGAGUCUUUCUGACAUUGGAACCAGACCAUAUGCGGACGUGAAGGAGAGUCUUUCUGACAUUGGUACCAGACCCUAUGAGGACGUGGACGAGAGUCUAUCCUAUGCGGACGUGGACGAGAGGCUUUGUGACAUUGGUACCAGAACCUAUGCGGACGUGGACGAGAGUUUUUCUGACAUUGGAACCAGACCAUAUGCGGACGUGGACGAGAGCCUUUGUGACAUUGGUACCAGACCCUAUGCGGAGUUGGACGAGAGUCUUUCUGCCAUUGGAACCAGACCAUAUGCGGACGUGAAGGAGAGUCUGUCUGACAUUUGGACCAGACCCUAUGAGGACGUGGACGAGAGUCUUUGUGACAUUGGUACCAGACCCUAUGCGGUGUUGGACGAGAGUCUUUCUGGCAUUGGAACAGGAUCCUAUGCGGAGUUAGACGAGAGUCUUUCUGGCAUUGGAACCAGAUCCUAUGCGGACGGGGACGAGAGUCUUUGUGACAUUGGUACCAGACCAUAUGCGGACGUGGACGAGAGUCUUUGUGACAUUGGUACCAGACCCUAUGCGGAGUUGGACGAGAGUCUUUCUGACAUUGGAACAAGAACCUAUGCGGAGUUGGACGAGAGUCUUUCUGGCAUUGGAACAAGACCCUAUGCGGAGUUGGACGAGAGUCUUUCUGGCAUUGGAACAGGAUCCUAUGCGGAGUUAGACGAGAGUCUUUCUGGCAUUGGAACCAGAUCCUAUGCGGACGUGGACGAGAGUCUUUGUGACAUUGGUACCAGACCCUAUGCGGACGUGGACGAGAGUCUUUCUGACAUUGGUACCAGACCAUAUGCGGACGUGGACGAGAGACUUUCUAACAUUUUUACCAGACCCUAUGCGGACGUGGACGAGAGUCUUUCUUACAUUGGUACCAGACCCUAUGCGUGGACGUGA